UGCAAAUACUUUCUCCCAUGGCCUUGUGGUAUCUUCUUCACCUCUCCCUUCUCUCUUUCUCUCUCUCAGGUACCCGAGCAGCUGUUUUCACAUUAAAGAACAAUUGCAGGACCACAAUAUGGCCCGGCAUCCAACCAAGCUCUGGUAAACCUGUCCUAAACAAUGGUGGAUUAGAGGUAAAACAAGGGCAAUCUGUGAAUAUCUCUGCACCGAUCGGGUGGUCAGGCCGUUUCUGGGGUCGACGUGGAUGCUCUUUCGAUGAUUUCGGCGAAGGAACCUGUCUUACAGGGGACUGUGGGGGUGUCUUGCAAUGUGCUGGUGCCGGGGGAGUGCCACCAACCACACUUGCAGAAUUCACCCUUGAUAGUCCAAUGGAUUUCUAUGAUGUCAGCCUUGUCGACGGCUAUGACCUUCCGGUCUCAAUUGUUCCCGUCGAUGGUGGUUCCGGCGAAUGUAAGCCAACCAAAUGCGUCUCAGACCUGAACCGGAACUGCCCUAGAAGUCUGCAAGUGAGGAACAAGAAAGAGGUGGUUGCAUGUAAGAGUGCAUGCAUGGCUUUCAACACCCCUCAGUACUGUUGCACAGGGGAAUUUGGGUCUCCAAAUACAUGCAAGCCAAGUAAUUACUCCAUGGCCUUCAAGGCCUCUUGCCCAACUGCAUACAGCUACGCAUAUGAUGAUGCCACCAGCACUUUUACAUGCAAGGGAGCUAACUAUUUCAUCACAUUUUGCUAAUUCCAUAGCUUUCUUUUUGGGUAUACUAUAGUAUGAACUGAGAAUAUGAAAUA